CUCUCCCUCCCACAUUUUGCUUAGUAGAAAACAGAAACCGUUGAGGGGAAAAUAUUACUCCUGUUCUUCUUCUUCUUCUUUCCUCGCAUUCACAAGCAGAGCUCCUUCUCUCGAUUGUCUAAAAGCGUCGUUCCAGCUCCUAUCCAGGAGAAAGAAACAAUUUUUAAUAUAGGAGAGAUUUGUAAGUGGUUAUAUUCACUGGAGCAAAUGCUUCCUCAAAAGAUUGAGUCAGGUCAUGAGGACACAGUCCAUGAAGUUGCAAUGGAUUACUAUGGUAAGCGCGUUGCAACCGCAUUGUCAGACAACUCAAUAAAUAUAAUUGGGGUUGGCAAUAAUACCUCUCUGCCUCUUGCUAAACUGAGUGGUCAUCAAGGUCCUGUUUGGCAAGUAGCUUGGGCUCACCCAAAGUUUGGGGCUUUGCUUGCUUCAUGUUCUUAUGAUGGACGUGUCAUAAUAUGGAAGGAGGGCAAUCAGAAUGAAUGGACUCAAGCUCAUGUUUUUGAUGAUCAUAAAUCAUCGGUUAACUCUAUUUCUUGGGCACCUCACGAGGUUGGUCUUUGUUUGGCGUGUGGAUCUUCAGAUGGAAGUAUAUCAGUUUUUACUGCACGAGCAGACGGUGGUUGGGACACAGCCAGGAUUGAUCAAGCUCACCCAGUUGGUGUGACUUCUGUGUCAUGGGCGCCAUCAACUACACCUGGUGCUCUUGUUGGUUCCAGUUUGCUGGACCCUGUUCAGAAGCUUUGCUCUGGUGGUUGUGACAAUACCGUGAAAGUGUGGAAGCUCUGCAAUGGGAUUUGGAAGUUAGAUUGUUUUCCAGCUCUUCAAAUGCAUACUGAUUUGGUGAGGGACGUAGCAUGGGCACCCAACUUGGGGCUUCCAAAAUCAACUAUUGCUAGUGCCUCUCAGGAUGGGAAGGUUAUAAUAUGGACUGCGGCAAAGGAAGGGGAAAAAUGGGAGGGCAAGGUCUUACAUGAUUUCAAGGCUCCUGUUUGGAGAGUCUCUUGGUCACUCACCGGAAACAUAUUGGCUGUUGCUGAUGGGGUUAACAAUGUUACAUUGUGGAAAGAAGCUGUAGAUGGGGAAUGGCAACAGGUGACAACGGUUGAUACCUAGAGCUCAAGUACUUUUUUUUUUUUUUUUUUUGGUUUAAUUCCUGGUCGUGUUUAGUUGCAUCGCAUUCACAUAUGAUGAUAAGCUAUUUUUGCCUGAUGUUAUUCCGAUAUUGGAGUAUUUAUGUUGGAUAUUCUGGACUGCAGCUUCUAUCAUAAAGCCUUAGUUUUCCAGAUCAUAUCCAUUUUUGUUCUAUGAAUGCAUACAUCAGCUGCUGUUGGUUGUUUAUAAUUUUGUCUCGCAAGAUUUCUUCUUGUAAUAAUUUCUUCAAUAAUUUUGUAAAUUCCGUUUGUGAUGAGCAAAGUUCUGCGUUUGGCUUUAUCGAGUA